AUGGCGAGCUCAUAUCUUCUUACUAUAAUCAAGGUUCUGAUGAUCUUGAUAUGUGCUGGAUGGAUUUCGCUUUGGCUUCUCAAGCCCACAGAAUUUUGGACAAACAAAUGGAAAAAAGCAGAGGAAAAAGCAGCAGCUACAGCCUUCGGUUACAAUGGGCUUGAUUUUUCUGUGUAUACGUUUCCAGUUCUUGCUUUGGCGAUGAUCGGAUUUAUUUACUUGGAAUUGAAACCAAAGGAUCCAAGAAGCAGACAAGCCAAAACUGCAGUGAAAGGCCUCUCCAAUCCGUUCAUUGUCAACAGAUAUGUGGGCAUCUUAUCCGCAAUUGAAAUCCUUGCUGUAUUGCUCUUCAUACUCUUUCUCGCAUGGACAUUCUACGCCCGCAUCUCCAAUGAUUUCAAGAAGAUGGUGCCGGUGAAGAAUUUGAAAUUGAACAUGUGGCAGUACAAAGUUUCAAGGGUGGCAACGCGGUCUGGCUUGCUAGCAGAGGCCUGUCUCGCCCUCUUACUUCUUCCCGUCCUGAGGGGACUGGCAGUAUUUCGACUGCUUGGCAUCCAGUUUGAGGCUUCAGUAAGAUACCAUAUCUGGAUCGGAACAACAAUGAUACUCUUCGCAGUGUUGCAUGGUGCGGGAACCUUGUUUACAUGGGGGAUCAAGCACCGGAUUCAGGACGAGAUGUGGAACUGGCAGAAAACAGGAAGGAUAUACCUUGCCGGUGAGCUUACACUGGCCACGGGGCUAGUCAUCUGGAUCACUUCACUUCCACAAAUAAGAAGGAAAAAGUUCGAAAUCUUCUACUAUACCCACCAUUUAUACAUGAUCUUCAUAGUAUUCUUCUUGUUUCAUGGUGGGGAUAGGCACUUCUACAUGGUUUUCCCUGGGAUUUUUCUCUUUGGCCUUGACAAGCUGCUCCGGAUCAUUCAGUCGAGACCAGAAACCUGCAUACUUUCUGCCCGGGUCUUCCCCUGCCGAGCCAUAGAGCUUCUUCUUCCCAAAGAUCCAACGCUGAAGUACACGCCAACAAGUGUGAUAUUCAUGAAAAUACCAAGCUUAUCCAACUUACAAUGGCACUCAUUUAGCUUAUCCUCUAGCUCCAGCACUGAUGAUCAAACCAUGUCUGUUCUAAUCAAAUGCGAUGGGCGGUGGACAAGCGCGCUUUACAACAUGGCAGCAGCCGAGCUGAGCUCCAAUUCGAAGCAGACCAAGUGUAUCCCGGUUGCCAUCGAAGGGCCUUAUGGCCCCCCUUCACUCUACUUCCUAAGAUACGAUAGCCUUCUGAUGGUUGCCGGGGGAAUCGGGAUUACACCAUUUUUAAGCAUUCUGCAGGAAAUUGAGCACUCUGCAACGAAGGGUUUGAUCCCCACACAAAUACAGCUCAUUUAUGUCGUGAAGUCGUCCCCACAAGUAUGCCUUCUGGACUCGGUUUUGCCAUUACUGCUCAACCAUAGAGCAGAAGAGUUUAGUCUGAAGCUCAAAGUGUUUGUGACACAAGAGCAUUCCGGUCCUACUCUCCGGCAACUUCUGAACGACUUAUCCGGCGUAAAGACAGUUCACUUCGAGACACUCUGUACGAAUCACGCCGCCCAUGGACCUGAGAAUUCGCUCUGGAUGGCCGCCAUUGUUGGAUUUUCUUCCAUCAUGUUCAUUAUCUUCCUCAGCUGCUUCAACCGCGCGUUUCUUCAUUCCGGUAAAAAGGCCUCGAAACAGAAGCAUCCCUCCUCCCAAAUCGAUCUCUUUCUCUUCAGUUCUUUUGCUUUGGCUGUCGUGUGUGGCGCCUUGGCAGCCGUCGUCGUGAGGUGGAGGCGGCUAAAGACGGAGCUCCCACGGGGCUCCCAUAAACACGGCAAGGAAAUCAAGCUGACUUCCAUGGAAACCGGCCAUGCACUGGAAGAACACGAAAUUCAUUACGGAGGAAGGCCUGAUUUUCAAGAUGUAUUUUCUCGAUUCCCGGACGAGACAGGCGGAUCUGACAUCGGGGUGUUGGUGUGUGGACCAGAGCCGAUGAAAGAGUCGGUGGCUUCAUUGUGCCAGAUGAGUUCUCAAGGUUUCAGAAGAAAGAAGCCAUACUUCAGCUUCCACUCUCUGAAUUUUACACUCUAAGAGAUUG